AUGGCGGUGGGCGGUGGGGCCGCACAUGCGCAUAACGAGGAGGCGGCGUCGCGCCAGGGCGAUCGCCCACCGUUUGAGCGGAUCCCAAUGCCAUCCAUGGCGACGGAAGAGUUUGGGGAAAACCUGCCCGCGUUUGAUAAUGGGAAGCUCAUGCCGUCGCCCCGUGGAAUCUUUGAUCGCUUCUCUCGGGUGCUUCAACUUCAGUACGGACAAGAUCCCGACAUUCCAAUUUUGGGAAGUUCUCUUGAAAGAAAGUAUGACAGUUGGUUUGACUACAUCACGAGCCCGAUUUCACCAAUGCGACCGCGAACUUACGUGGACGCAUACACCCGGCCAAACCCAUGCCCGGAGGAGUAUUGGGCGGCGUCAUGGCGCUGGCCACGGACAAAAUAUGUGAACGCCAAAGUGUCUCCUCCUGUAGACGGUAAAUAUAACGAUUAUUAUCACUAUCUGGCCUAUAAAAAUUGGUUUGAACGAGAACGUGAUGUAUAUGUGGCCCACGCCAACCUGGUCAACGAAAUGACAAUGCGCUGUAUGGUGAAAGAGGGGCAGUACAAUGCUGCAAAAAACUGUCGCCACCUUUACAAUAAGGGGUUUGCCAUGUCUCGAAUGGAGGAGCUUAACCAGACACUAUUAUACAUGGCGAUUACGGGAAAUGCGGCCAUUCGGGAGACCCCUUACCCGGAGAACUUUGUUGAGGAGAAGCGAAAAAUUUAUGAUGACUGGUUGUUCCGCACACGCAUGAAGAAGCCGGGUGAUGUAGUGUAA